AUGGCAGAAAACGCCGGUUACCACCACCUGCAUGGCUUUCUUGUUGCCAGGGAUACGCAACGACAGUCCCGUUGCUGGAUACAAGGGUUUACAAACAAGAGUAUCGCAUAUGUCGACAAUACAACUGUAUGUUACUCGAGUGGGAGUCAUAUCUGUUUCCUCAACUUGGAGACACAAAUUCAAAGUGUGCUGAAGAGUCCUGGCAGAGGGGUUGGUGCAUUGACGGCAAAUGGCAAUAAUGGCAUUUUUGCUUUCUCUGAGCAAAAGCUAUGUCCAUCAAUAUUUGUUUACAUUUUUCCAGAGGUUCACUUAAAGAAUGAAUUAAAAGGGGCAGCCCAACUGGACUACACAUCCCUGACGUUAAGUGAAGGUGGUACUUAUUUAGGCUGUUGUUCAGCUCUUCCAGAGCACACCAUUACAGUAUGGAACUGGGAAAAUGCUGAGCAAAUUUGUACACAACCAAAUGCUGGGAAAGGGAUUGUUUCUUUGUUGUUCAACCCCCUGAAUUGGCUCCAGCUUUGUGCCUUGAGCACUACUGGCCUCACUGUCUGGAAUAUUGAGAAGAGUGGCAGCUUUCAUGUUCUGAAACAAAGUGUGAUAGAGCUACCGGCAACAGAUGGCUCCUUUGUUGAGAGUUUGAUGCCCACCUUAAAUAUUGUCAAAAAAGAAAAAGUUCCCUAUUUUGGUCCAGAGAUGCCUCCAUCAGCCAUCGCAGGGCUUCAGGGAGACAAGGCAGACAACAUAUUGGCUAAACUCUGCACCAAAGCCAGACUAACUAUUACUGCCAUCUGCUGGACAGCCAAAUCAGAGCUCUAUGUGGGCUGUGUGGAAGGCUUUCUGCUGCUUGUCGACCCAGAGAGCCUCUGUGUCUCAGUGCUCUUUAACCCCACAACUGCUGAUGCCACCCCUGAACUCCGACAGAGCAACUUUCAAAGUUUAACCCUUAACAAGAAUGGUUUGAUCACUAUCGGAAAGGAGAAUGUGGUGCACUGUCUACAAUUGAAAGGGAACCAGAUCAACAUUACUCAAACAUGGAAAACAGAAACCGCUGUCACAACUGUGAUGCUCUCACCAGACUUAGAAACAUUACUUUUAUCCUCUAAUACAGGACAAAUCUACAUGUUGAACCCAACAUCAGACGAGAUUGGAAAGGUCCUGGAUGUCCUUAGUGGCAACUUUGUGGCAGCAGCUUUGUUGCACACUGGCAGAAAUAUUUGUGUGUCAGUGAGGGAGUUUGGAGAACUGCAGCUGUGGUCCUCAGAUGGCGUUUGCCUCGGAUCCCUGUCUCUUCAAACACAGGUGACAAGUCUGGCCUGCUGUCCUGUUGCACAAUAUGCAGCUGUAGGAACAACUUCAGGAUAUGUCCUCUUCAUUGACCUGAACAGCGAAGAACAGCCUCGCCUGGUGCACCAGGUUCACCUGUACAACACUCCUGUGGAUCACCUUGUUUUCGAAAAAGAUGGACACUAUCUCUUCACCAGUGCCUCAGACUCACAUGUCUAUGUCCUAGAUGCAAAGCCAUCAAAAAGGUUUACAGUCAUAGGAUUCACAGUUGUUCCUGGACCCAUCCUGUCGCUGUCAAGUCAAAGCAUCAGGAACUCUGGGGAGGUGAAAGUACUUGCACUUUGCAGAGAACAGGAAGGCCAAAGUCAAAAUGGUAACAUGCUCACAGUGCUAACUCUGCCUGUGAGGGAUAUUUCAGAUACAGAUUGUGUAGACAGACACGGAGUUCUGUCCAAUAACAUCCUCAAAGUGUGCAGAUAUGAAGUGCCUCACCCUCUUGAAUCCUGUGUUCUUGGAGUCAGUGAGGUCUUUGCUUACUGCCACAAAAGGAAAACUCUCCUGCGGUUCCAGCUUCCCCAGGACACAGACAGUCUCUCUAGCCAAGAGGUGGUUCAGCUGACACCAGAGCAGGAAGUGAAGGGACAUCCUCUUGGCCCUGCCUCUCUCGUUCUGUCUCCACAUAACUUAUGGCUGGCCUCUGUAGGCCAAGAUGGCCUAUUACGCAUCCAAGAGACUGUUUCCAUGGAGCGGUACAUUGAACUUCAGUGUCAUUCAUGCCGUCUGGGUGGAGUGAGGAGUGUAUCCUUCUCUGCUGACAGUCAGACACUCCUCACUGCUGGCUUUAAAGAUGGCUCUCUUCUUUGCACUAAUCUCAGAAAUACAGGUUUGGAUGGUGGUAAGAUGAUUGAAGCUACUCUGCACAGCAAGUCUAUGGAAAUGUUCUUGAUGAAAAUGUUCAAUAAAGAGAAUCAUGUCCUCAUUGAUCUGCCUGCAUGGGGUAAAGGGACAGUACCUGGCUCUGAAAAACCAACGGGCCCUGAGGGGAGUACUGAAGCAGAGAGUGUGGAUGUGACAGAGCAGGAUGACAGUUAUAACAGCCUGCUGUCUGCUCCACCUUCACACCUCACAUGGCUGGAGAGCAGGCGAGAGGCGGUUUUAAAGGAAGAAAGUGAGCAAUACUCUGAGGCGAGGAAAAACAUGAGGAAAACCCUCAAAGAGUUGCGUGACACUAUCCAGGAGAUGAUGCGUGAAAAUGAGACCCUCCCAGAAAUCGAGCGUCUGGAACUCAACGAAUUCAACCUGGAUGUUGAGGAGCAGAGGAGACUGGAUGCCAUGGUGGAGCAGGAAGUUAUCAGGGUAAGAAAUGAAAUCGAAUGGGAGAUGUUAGCAAAAAGCUACCUACGUGAUGUCCUAAAGAAAGAAUGCUGGGAUUCAAUGAAGGUCAAAGGGAAGGCCAUUGAGGCCUUUCACUCUGAACACGAGGUGAAAAACUACCCACUGAGGGAGCGGACAGAGAAAGAGCUGGAGGACCUUCGCAGGGUUCAGGAUAUGAGGAAGUUUGAAAAAGCUGCUUGCAUCAGCAGCCCACAGAAAAGUUCCAACACAACAGGGGCGAAGGAGAAAGAGCAGGGGGAGGACAGUAACGGGGCAGAGAGCACCGCUGUAACAGGAAGUUUCUCUGCUCAGUUAGGAUAUUCCAAUCCCUACAUUUACGAUCAGUUCAGCCUGCAGACCACAGAACAGAGGAUCAACCAGAUGAUUCUACUACAGGAUGUGAUUUAUCGCAUCAAGACCGGGUUCAACGCCAACUUUGAGGCCAUGCACAAGCAGAAGGUGCAGGAGCUCAGCCGUGUGAGGGACAGGAACCAGCAUAUCAAGGAGAUCAUGCUGGAACUGGACAUGAACGAGACGCUGUGGGAGCCAAGCCUGACGGUCAGCGAGUGGCCAGAGAGGCUCCUCACUGUGGACGACUCUGAGAUCAAAGCAGAAAAGUAUCUCACCCCAGAACAGAAAGUGGAGGAGGAGAGGAAGAAAUUGGAAGAGCAGAGACGUUUGGCUGCCAAAGGGGAUAACUUCCGAGAGAGAGCUCUUGAUAACAUGAUGGAUGGAGCGCUUGAAGUGAAAAAAGAGAACAUCUUGAAAAUGGAAAUACCUCCGCCUGAGUUUGUUUUGACCAAACCUGUCAUCCACUGGACUGAGGAGGAGAAGAAAAUCCACAAAGAGUACGAAAAGAAAGACAAAGACCUGAAUGAGGAGAAGGAGAAAUACAAAAAGGCUCUGGAAAAUGAAAUAAAAAAACUGCAGGCAGCCACCAAGGACGUGACUGAAAGGUUUGAUGAAACUUUGAAACAGCUGUUUGAGAAGAAACUAAACUGUGAAAUGACUAUAUAUCAGGAAGAGCUCAAGAUGACCUAUCUUGCCUACUCAGUCCUCGUUGAAGUGGAGAUGACAAAUCGAGAGUUGGAGCUCAAGCGCAAACUUGAAAAAACAGUGACAUACAAGGAUGAAAUUGGUGAGCAGCUGAAGACACAUGAAGAGGAGGUAGAAUUGUUUCAUGAGAACUAUAACACCACUGUAGCUGAGGACAAAGGUCUUGAUAAAGAAUUCAGGAAGGAGUUCUUCAAUGUUCCAGGCCUUAUGGUCGAUCACCUUUAUAAGUUAUUCAAGCGUAGACCCAGGGUUCAAAAGAUGAGGACUCAAACAGACAACAACUCCAACCCUUUUAAGGAGCAGCAUCUGUGUGGUUCUCUGGCUCCCGAUGCACUCGGAAAAAUGCUGAAGGCCAUGGAGGACCUGGAUGCUCCAGAGAAUAUGCCAAAAGGCUUGAACCGCUCGAUCUGGGAUAAGUUUUGUCUGGUCCGCAGGGCAAAAGUAGAGAGCGAGCAAAAGGUAAAAUUAAAUGCUUUGACUCUUGCUGAGAUGCAGGCGUUUCAGCAGAAGAGGAGAGAUGAUGAUACAGCUGUUCAACAGGAAAUUAAAAAUCUCUCUGAUGAGCUUGAACGGCUGCACAAAGAGAGGAAUCGUUUUCUGAUGGACAUCAUGGUCCAGGUACUGCUCAAACCCGACCAGGUGGAGGUGUCCCUCACAGACAUGAUUGCUGACUUCACUGACUCUGUGCUUUACCCCAGGAGUGUGGUGGAGGACCUCAACACAACCGUCAGGUCCCUUGGAGGGCAGAAGAUCGCCUCAAUGGUGGGGUGCAAAGACUUCCGUAAGGGCAUCAUCCAGCUGCAGUGGGAGCACAAGAAGAUGGCGAUGCAAAUAGAGGACCUCAACAACAAGAAGAGGGACGUUCAGAAGUUACAGCUCAGUAAGGAGCAACAAGAUUACCUCGACAGCAAAGAUCAAGACAGCCGCAUGUCCAAGCAGGUUUCCAUUCUGGAGAAAACUAUCGCUUUCCAGAAGAAGACUCAUCAACAGAGUGUGCAGCAUCGCAGAAAAAAGAUUGAACAGCUAAGUAAACAGGCAGCAAUCAAAGCUAAGAAGACCAAAGUCGUAGAACAGCAGCUACCUAACAUGCAGGUGGCUGUGGCAGAGAGGAGACAUAUCUAUGAACAAAUGGAUUCAGAGGAACACCAAGCAGCCGGAACAGAAGAGCGUUACCAGGAAAUCGUUCAGAGGUCGAAGCUGAAGGACUUAGCCCAAGCGCAGGCGGAGGACCUGGCUAUUCUCAGGGCAGAGGUGGUUCGUCUGAGGAUGAAGAACUUUCCUUCACUUGAUCAGCUAAAACACGUCUGAGCAGCCUUCUCUUUAACAGAUAAUAGAUUUUAUUUAUAAUUCUCUUAGCAAGUACACAUUUACAACUUUAACUGUGAAUCCAUACAAAAAUAGCAGGAACAAAUUAAACAAUAAUUUAACUCUG